GGAGCACCCAGCCCAUGAACCUGUCUACUUGAAAGACAAUGCAGCGUGUGUUGAUUUAAACGGAGAUUCAGGGAGUCCUGCUUAGCUCCGGGCCUGGUGCUGCCAGGAGCCGUGCUCCAUUAGAUGGAUUCAAGAAUGGAAUCCCCAGCGUCCAUGGCAGAUACAGCGGGCCAUGCAGGCUGAACUUCUUCUUCCAGCUCCAGUGGUGGCUGAAGUGAUACCCCAAGAUCAGCUAGUCAUGCAUCCAGCUCACGAGGACACCCGCUUGGAUGGUGGGUCGAGCCAGCUGCCGCCUCCCAUGCCGACUGUGAAUGGCUUGGUUUGCCCUUUGUGUCACGAAAUGCUCGAGGACCCGGUGAUGACAGUUGAUGGCCACACCUAUUGCCGCCGUUGUAUUCAGGACUGGUUUGUACAACAGACCCAAGCUGGGGGCAAGCCCAAGUCGCCGGCCACUGGACAGCCUUUGCUGUCUUUGCUGCUCUUCCCGAACUUGGCACUUGGUAAGGCAAUGGUCUCCAUCCGUACAAACAUGCAGCCCGCGUGGAUACAAGCAGAGAAGGAGCGCCAGGCGCUGCGAAUGGAAUUGGAGGCCAAAAGCAGGGAGCUGAUGCAGGCCAGGGCCCAUACAACUUCCAAGGACUCUACACGAGAACUCAAUGAAGCGGAGUGGAAGCUUCAGAGCUUGACUGUCAAGCUGAACAUUGCUGAAGAAGAGACCCGCCACGCUCGAGGAGAGGUGGACCGCCUCAACAAGGAGGUUGGCAGCUUGCGAGGAAAGUUGGAGCGCGUACAGGCGCAGAUUACAGGGGAGCGAUCUUCGAUGCAGCAAAUCGAAGAGCUGGACAGUAAACUGCGUUUCUCUGCGGCUGAGGUGACUCGUCUUCAACAAGACCUUGAAAAUGUCAAGAAGCAGGAGUCGGAGCUGCGCCACGGCAAGAUCAAGUACGAAGCAGAGAUGGGGAAGGCAAGUCAAGAAAAGCUAAAGAUGCAGGAGGAAUUGGCGCGCUUGCGGGCUCAGUUGCAGCGGGAGGAGGCGAUCCCGUCUCCCGCUGUGCUGGCCGAAGAACUGGACCGGGCCUGGCAGGACCUCGAGGCCAAGGAGACGCUGAUCCGUGACUUGCAGGUGGCAGGGACCCGGACAGGUGCUCAACUGGUUGAGGCGAUGGAGAAACAGAGGCACAAUGAGCAGAUGGUCUCCAGGGUGCCGCAGCUUGAAGGGGAGAUCCAGAGCCUGCGGCAAGAUCUUUCAACGAAACUCUCUGAGUUGGCUGUCCUGAAAGAGACGCUCGCAGAGACCGAGGAGAAGCUGAGGCUCAGGGAAGAGGCUGCACCAGAGCUGAGAGCUGCAGAGCUCCUGGCCACCGAAGCAGAACGUUUAGAAGAGGAGCUGACAGAUGUUCAUGCUCAAUAUGCAACCAUGCAGGUGGAGCUGAAAAAACGUGAAGAUUUAUUGCGAGGUAUUCCUUUGGUUUUGGCCGAUUUCCUCGAACAGAUCCACCUCCCAGAUCCAGCACUGUCGAGCAGCCACGUGAGGCCCGAGGAGGCGCCCAAGUUGCUCAUCGCCUCGUUGCGACGGCUGCAGAUGGCGGUGAUGAAACGUGAUGAGGAGCUCAAAGUGGCCAGCGAGAAGAUCACAGAGCUUUCCAAGUAUGCCACUAUGUACGUCCUCGAGGUCACCAUUGUCUCCGGGUUUGGCUUGCGAGAUGCCAAGUGGAAGCCCAGCAGCAAGGGUGUCGGCCUUUCCUGUGCUGUGGAUGUUCAUGGCAAGAAGGAGCGAUUUGAAACAAAGGGCAUCCACACCGCCAAGAACCCAGUUUGGAAUCACAAAGCGGAGCUGCAGAUGUCUUACAGUGACACGCUGUGCUUUGCUGUACAGGGCGAACAGAAGUUGGGACAGGCCUUGCUACCAGCCUCUCGAGUGGUCGCGGCAGGAUCCGACGGCUAUGACGGAAAUUUGGCUUUGGAAGAGAGGGCCACUGAGGUUGCGGCUGAUGCUGUCAUCAAGGUGAAGGUGGUGGUGAAGAAAUCAUUUCCUAUAGAUGAGGCUCAGCCAGCCGCUCAGCCUGCCGCUCAGCCGAGCAGGACGAGGCCGGCGCCUGCGAAGCCGGUGAAGUCCAAAGAGGCGGCGCCACCCUCGUCUUAUUACAGUGAUUCUAGGACGGAUGUCUAUAGUUCAGAAUCUGAAGGUACUCCACGAGACAGGCCUAACCUUCUGCAGGCUGCCAAGGCGGGGGAUUUGCAGCAAGUGAGCUCGAUAUUGAAAGGAAAAGUGGAGGUCAGCAGCCUUACUGCAGCGCUGCAUGGGGCUUGCUCAGAGGGUCAUCGGAAGCUGCUACCAGUUCUAUGCCGAGCAAAGGCCAAUGUGAACGGUCUUGAUUCCAGCGGACUCACACCUUUGCACGUGGCAGCUUUCCGUGGCGACAACCCAGUAGUGCAACAGCUUUGCCAGCUGGGCGCCAAUAUCAAGGCAGUUGAUGAGGAAGGUUGGACGCCGCUAUAUGUUGUUGCAGCCUUCGGGGGCCAAGAAGAUGUCUUCAAGACUUUGCUUACUGCAAAGUCCGAUGUAAACUUCACAACUCCGGAUGGGACCACGAUUGCCAUGGCAGCUGAACAGAAAGGCUUUACUCAGCUCCUCAAGCUCCUGUGAUGUCAAUCGGCCGUUACUGCAUCUCAACUCUGCCGGCUAGUCCAUGAGAGAUUGUGC